CUCAGUGUCAUAUUUUUCAGACUCAGGUAUUUCUCAAUCCUUUAAUAGAAUAUUAACCUCGUUUGUUUAAGACAAGCAAGUAGUGUCCUUUUCAUGUGCAUCAGCUUCAGGAGGAUUUUCAUUGUUGUAAUAUUCCCCUGAGUUAAGACAUCAACCAUGCCUUUGGAAUGGCUUUUUGGGCGCAAGAAGACGCCAGAGGAGAUGUUAAGACAGAACCAGCGAGCUCUGAACAAAGCAAUGAGAGAUCUGGACCGAGAGAGAUCUAAGAUGGAACAACAAGAGAAAAAAGUGAUAGCAGACAUUAAAAACAUGGCAAAGAAAGGCCAGAUGGAUGCUGUGAAGAUCAUGGCCAAAGACCUUGUGCGGACACGACGGUACGUCAAAAAGUUCAUUCUAAUGAGAGCCAACAUCCAGGCAGUGUCUCUGAAAAUCCAGACCCUCAAAUCAAACAACGCCAUGGCUCAGGCCAUGAAGGGCGUCACGAAGGCCAUGAUGACCAUGAAUCGACAGCUGAAGUUGCCCCAGAUCCAGAAGAUAAUGAUGGAGUUUGAGAAGCAGUCGGAGAUCAUGGACAUGAAGGAAGAGAUGAUGAGUGACGCCAUCGAUGAUGCCAUGGGUGACGAAGACGAUGAGGAAGAGAGCGAUGCCGUUGUGUCACAAGUUCUGGAUGAAUUAGGACUGCAACUAACAGAUCAAUUAUCAGACAUCCCGAAUGCGGGAACUAGUUUAGGAACCAAGACGGCUGACAAGCAACAGCCGCAGGCUGCCGGGGUCAGUGACGCUGACGCCGACCUGGAGGCGCGGCUAGAAAACCUCAGGAGGCAGUGAGGAGGGGGAGGCGUGGCUAUAGUUUGAUUGACAGAUGAUUGUGUGCACUGUGUGAAUGAUUGGAUAGUAUGAGUGUGUAUCAAAAGACCAAGCGAUGUAGUAAUUUUGGGAUGAUUUUAUUCAGCAAAAAGGAAAAGAAAAGAGAAACACUUUCUAAGUAAAAGCAACUUGACUGGAUUGAGUUGCAAAAAACCGGCAUGUAACAUAACUGUGAUUCUGAGGUCUGUAUUUAGGACAUGUUAUACAAUUUACAUGUAACCAAACAUGUUAUUAAUAUGUACUGUAGUUGCAUGUGCAUUUGUAAAUUCAUGUUGACAUUUUCUCAUUUUUUUUGUGUUUUUGUUAAAUAUUAUUACAUGUAUUGCCAUAUCAGGUUAUGUUAUUCAUUUUUUUUUAACAUGGAAAUUUUAAAAUAGGAAUAGGAAACUUCGUGUUUGAUUAACAUGUAGUAUACUUUAACAUCUUACACCUUUCUAUCAUACAGUGUAGUGUUGAUGAAUAAUAUCAUAGGUUUUUGAUAAAGAUUUUUUCCAUAAUGAUAAUUAUUUGCAUAUUACGCAUAGAGCACUUUGUUGUAAAAUCAUUUAUUAAAAGUUAAGGGCAAUAUCCCAUUGCAAUUUUACAUUUUUGUGUAUCUGCCAUAUUAAGUUAUUCAUAUUGGAGCUUUUUAACAUUAUGUCUACUUGAGUAAACCUGCAAAUUUUGUGUGACACAUGACCUUGCUAUUAAAAGUUUACAAAAUGUAUUUAAGAAAAAUUUAACUCAACAUAUUGAUUGUUAAAUCGAACUGUUAUCUUUCCUGUAAAAUAUAAUGUUUCACAUACUGCAUAUCUAAGUGAAUGCAGGUGGGUACACAUUUAAUUUAGUACUUUUAGUUUGGUUCCACACAAAUUGUUUGAAAUAUUAAACUCAUCUUACUUUUUAUGUUUAUAAUAUGUAGUGUUCUGAAGAAAAAAUCCUGUUUUGUGUAUUUUAAAAACAUUUGAAUUUCACGGGCAAAGUGGAACUAUCUAUAUUUUUCAUUGCAUGAUUUGUAUCUUUUGAAAAGAAAAUUAAUGUAAAAAAUAUUAAAUUGAUAUUGAAAAUUUA